AUGCAUGUUUCCAUGUUUGUUGGUAAGAUAGCAGGAAUAUAUGUUGGUAAGGGAAUGGUGAUCCACUUCACAAGAGGAGCAACUCAAGAAUCUGGAACAAGAUCAGUCUUGGACAGUUUUCCUAUAAGUUCACCACCUCAUCAUCAUGCUACCCGUGACACUCCAUGCCCUAGAUGUGGUUACCAAACAAAGACUGAAGGUGUCACUCGAACCUGCUUGGACUGUUUUCUUUAUGGUGGGUAUCUAUACCUGUUUGAGUAUGGUGUCUCAUCUGCAUUUUUUCUAGCCAAAGCUAGAGGGGGCACUUGCUCCACUGCAUCUUCGGAUCCAACAGAGGCUGUUCUUCACCGUGCUUUUUUUCUUUUCAAGAAUGGUUUUGGUGGCUACCAUUUGUUCAAGAAUAACUGUGAAGACUUUGCAAUGUACUGCAAAACAGGCUUGCUUGUAGUGACAAACAUCAGUGUAGGGCAAAGUGGACAAGCAACAUCUCUCUUGGCAGCUGCUGGUGCCAUAGUUUCUUCACCACUUGUGUUUAUGACCACCAGCUUGUGUGGUCUUGCUUUGGUUGGAUAUGGCACGUAUUGUGUUAGCAGAUAUGUUUCUGACAUUGGAGUACGCUGUGAUGUAACAAAAGUUUCAGUAGAGAGGAUUCAAGAGGUGGCCAAAGAAGAUUGGAUACAAGACAUUGUUACAUGGUCUGGAGAAAUUAUUACAUGGUCUAGAUUAUGUGGUCUAAAUCAAUAUUUACAUAAUAUCUAA